UAUACUAGGUCAGAGCAAAUUGAGGUUACUGAAAAAGAAAUUCGACAAUGGCAUAAGGGAUUCCUUAAAGAUUGCCCUGAUGGUCUCUUAACAGAACAAGGAUUUAUCAGGAUCUACAAGCAAUUCUUUCCGCAAGGAGAUCCAUCCAAGUUUGCUUCACUUGUAUUCAGAGUUUUUGAUGAAAAUAAUGAUGGAACAAUAGAGUUUGAAGAAUUCAUAAGAGCACUGUCUGUAACAUCUCGAGGCAAUUUGGAUGAAAAACUACAUUGGGCUUUUCGAUUAUAUGAUGUAGACAAUGAUGGAUACAUUACACGCGACGAAAUGUACAACAUCGUAGAUGCAAUAUAUCAAAUGGUGGGUCAACAACUGCAUGCAGAAGAUGAAAAUACACCUCAGAAAAGGGUCGAUAAAAUAUUCGAUCAAAUGGACAAAAAUCACGAUGAUAAACUUACUCUUGACGAGUUUCGAGAAGGUAGCAAAGCAGAUCCGAGAAUCGUUCAAGCUCUAUCUCUUGGUGGCGGGGAUCCAGCA